AUGUCGUCCCCCGAUGACGGCUCGUUGUACAAGCCCUACGAUCAGUUUAUUCUAUUCGGAGACUCGAUCACCCAGUUCUCUUCGAACCAGGAGCAAGGGUUUGGGUUUCAACCCGCAUUGCAGGAUGCUUACUCGAGGGUCCUGGAUGUCAUCAAUCGCGGAUUCGGCGGGUAUACCACUGCGCAUGCUGUCAAGGUGUUUCCGAAGUUCUUCCCGAGACCAGAGACCGCCUCUGUCCGGUAUCUGGCAAUCUGGUUCGGCGCGAACGAUUCAUCGCUCCUUGAAUCCAACAACAAACAGCAUGUCCCAUUGGACAUCUACAAGAAGAACCUGGUUGGGAUCGUUCAACACCCUGCAACAGUAGCCCAGCAGCCGCGCAUCCUGAUUAUUGCGCCAACACCCAUUAAUGAAUACCAGCUGCAAGGGUUUGAUGAGGAAAAGGGCAACGUUCAUCCCACGCGGACGAACAGGCGCACGAGGGAGUAUGCAAAGGCCGCGCGUGAGGUCGGAGACUCUCUGAAUGUUCCAGUCGUUGAUCUAUGGGCGGCUUUCAUGGCAGCGGUCGGUUGGAAGGAGGGACAGCCUCUUAUUGGGUCUAGGGAAGCGCCGAAUGAUGAGAAGUUCGCAAGUUUAUUCACGGAUGGGCUGCAUCUGACGGCAGAUGGUUAUCGUCUUGUAUACGAUGAGGUUAUCAAGGCUAUUAAAACAAAUUGGCCUGACCAAGCACCAGGGGAGCUUCCCCAAGUAUUCCCGCCGUGGAUGGAGGCUCCGAAAUGA